AUGCUGAUCGAUUGCGUCUUCCCCGGCGCAGACCUGUGGCCCUUCUCCAGGCCUUCCGCGGAUACGGAGGGCACUCCUGAGCGCCCGGGCCCGAGGGUCUGCGGGGCAUGUUACUUUCCUCCUGGGACCCCAGAAGACCGGAACCUCAAGGCUCCUCCUGCCAGGGGGAGGGGCCAGACCAAAGGCUCACGUCUCCGGCAUUACCAGGGGUCUUGGUCCCACCCAGCUGCACGCCUGGCUGAACCUCUGAACCACUGUCUUCUGGUGGGGUGUCCUCCGAAACCAUCUUUCCGGGGCCUGGCCUGGCCCGCCAAUCCUGUGUCAGCAGGCUGGCAGCGACACCAACGGCCUCAGGGCUGUCCUUUCAAGUUCCACCACUGCAGCGCACAGUUCGGGCUGGAGGGGGCGCCAGGAACCGCCUCUCCGACCGCCCCAGUCUCCCUCCCCGAGCCGAGCGCCAGCGCCCGCGCCAGGCCCAUACGGCGCUUCCCCUCACCCCACCCGGAAAAGUCCGCGAGCCGGCCACUGCCCAGCGCACUCCCAGACCGAGGGCCGAGGCAGGCAUGCACACACAGCGUGCCUAGGGCCCAGAAGAGCGGCUGAGAUUGGAAAGGCUGUCACCUUGGGCCCAGGCGACUGGGAGACCCAGAGAAGUAUCCAGGCUUGUGGGGGAAGUAGCUCCCUGCAGCUGGGGUCAGAUUGUGGUGUUCUUGGCCAGGAUUGAUGCCAGGAACAGGCGAACUACUCCCAGGGACAUUUUCCACUCUCUUCCACUGGGCUUUCGCCAAAACCUGCCUCCACCCCUCCCCCUCCAUUUUGGGAUGACCAGUGAAAAAAGAUAGUUCCCUAAAGAAAGGGGGGGGGGGGCGGCUACACAGUCUCAGGAUCGCCAAUAAUCCCGCAACUCCCUGCCUAUGCUGGUAACUCCCUAUCUAUCCACCCUCUCACUCCACUCUCCUGGAUCCCAAUCUCAAGCUGCUACCCUCCUACCUCUGACUCUAUUGGCCCAAUUGGGAUUGGGCCCACCUGGGUUUCAUCCCACUGAGAACCUGAGCCAAGUUGUCAGCCUUCUCCAAGACUCAGUUUCUUUAUCUGUAAAAUGGGGAUGGUAGUACUUACCCCUUUGGGAGGCGCUGACGAUGAAGACUCUACUUCUGGAAUGAGUUGUCUCUACAGUGGACUCUCCACUUUAUCAUCUCCUAUUCCUCUUCUUCCCUGAUGGCUCAGUGGUAAAGAAUCCGCCUGCAGUGCAGGAGACACGGGUUCAACCCCUGGGUCAGGAAGAUCUCCUGGAGGAGCAAAUAGCAACACACUCCAGUAUGCUUGCCUGAAAAAUCCCCAUGGACAGAGGAGCCUGGCGGGAUACCAUCCAAAGAGUCACAGAGUCAAAAACGACUUCACAUGAGUAUGUGCAUCUCUCUUCUAGCCAUGCAUACCGUGCUCUCGGUUCCACCACACCACAGACCCUUCUCUGUCCAAGGAUCUCCGUGACCUCCAUUUACCAGACCUGGUCACUGGCUUUUCCCUGAGUUCCUUUCCACUAGCUCCUUAGUCUUGGAGAACGCUACCCAUUUAUGGUUUUCCUCUGACCUCCCAGGUGCCCCUUUUCAGAUUUCUGGUUCACCUGCAUCAGUGGAUUCUUUCCCCUCUGGCUUCCAUUGGGUUUGACUGAUGGGAGAGAGGCGAAUGAGAGAUCAUGUGUUCUUCCUCCAAGCUUCGUUGGCUGUGUCCCUCCACUGCCGGCAGCAGCUCCAAACAGCUCUCUCCCUCCAGGGCUAUGGGGUGGUAAGAGCUCCCAGCUGUUGCUAAUCCAGCCAGUGCACUAUGCCUUCUUUAUUUCCUUCUAUUGAGUUCUGAUCAAUUACUCAGUUUAAGUAUACAAUCUCUUUCCUGCCAACACUCAGACCUUGACAAACUCCAAUUUCACACUUUAAACACCAUCUCUAUGCAGAUGUCUCCCAAAUUUAUAUCUCUAACUCUAAUUUCUCCUCUGAGUUUUAACUCAUAUCCAAGUCCCCAGUCUAAUAGAUAGGUCAAACUGAACACUUUCAAAACUGAAUUCUUGGUCUCCCCCCAACUCUACUUCUCUUUACUACAUAUAGCAACUCACUCAUGCUGUUUUUCAUGUCCCAAAAUGUAGAACUCAGCCUCAAUUUCUCUUUUUUCCCUACCCACCCCAGUCCAUUCAUAUAUUGGAUUGCUGUUUGCUCUGCCUCCAAUAUAUAUUCUGAAUUCGUCCACUUUUCCCAGCCAUUCAUUGCCCUCUGAUGUCUCUCCAACAAACUUAGGAGAAAAGUCCAAAUUUCCUACCCUGGCUCAACACCCUUCCCACUUCUCAGAUCUCAGCUCCUGACACCGUCUCCCUUGAUCCCUCCUCCAUCUGAACCUUUAUGCUUUCCUCAAACUCUGCGAUUACAUUCCCACCCCCAGGGCCUUUGUACUGGCCUUUCUCUCUGCUUGGAAUGACUCAGUACGUGGCUGGUUUCUGCUAUUCAGAUCUUGAUUCAGAUGUCACUGCUUCAGAGAAGUGGUCUCUGAUCACCCAGCCUAGCUCAAACACAGCUCUUUUUCAUAACUCUAUCCCUGCCUAUUUUUUUUUUUUUUUUUUGUAAUU